CUAGAUUAGCACUAACCCGAUAAACUAGGAAAAGUAUUACACUCUUUAUUAUUAUUAUGAUUAUUCUGAAUUUUGCUUUUGCAUCAGAAAACAAAAUCUAGUCAUUCAGUUCAAAGGAGAGAUUCUUGCAGUGUCAGUGGGUCAUAUAUUUAAUUUAUAAUAUUUUUCUCUUUCUUCUCCUUGCUUUGCCGUCAACGUUUUCAUAGCAGUGGCUAAUGAUGCCGGAGAAGAAGGUUGUUCUUGAUUCAGAGAUUAAGAGUUAUAGGAAUGGUGAAACCUGGGAUUUUGAGAAUGACAUCAAUGACAUCUCUGUUUCUGAUGAUGGUGUUUUGUUGGGUGUGGAUGGUGGAACUACCUCAACUGUUUGCAUUUGUAUGCCUAUGUUGAUGAAGAUCAUUCCUUUUUCUCAUUCUCACCUUCAAUCUCUUCCUAUUCUUUCUAGGGCUGUUGCUGGUUGCUCUAAUCACAAUAGUGUUGGAGACAUUGCUGCAAGGGAAACAUUAGAGCAAGUUAUGGCAGAUGCCCUAGCAAAGUGUGGUUCAAAACGAUCUUCGGUCCGAGCUGUUUGUUUGGCUGUGUCUGGUGUUAACCAUCCAACAGAUCAACAAAGAAUUCUCACUUGGCUUAGGGAUAUAUUUCCAAGUCAUGUGAGGCUAUAUGUUCAUAAUGAUGCUGUGGCUGCUCUUGCAAGUGGAACAAUUGGUAAACUUCAUGGAUGUGUAUUAAUUGCUGGCACAGGGUCCAUUGCAUAUGGAUUUACUGAAGAUGGAAAAGAAGCAAGGGCUGCUGGUGCAGGGCCUGUCUUAGGUGACUGGGGGAGUGGAUAUGGAAUAGCUGCACAGGCAUUAACAGCGGUAAUAAGAGCGCAUGAUGGUCGCGGUCCAAGUACAAUGCUGACAACUAGUAUUUUAGAAACGCUUGGUCUUUCUUCUGCAGAAGAUUUGAUUGGGUGGACCUACGCAGAUCCAUCUUGGGCCCGCAUUGCGGCGCUUGUUCCAGUUGUAGUAUCCUGUGCAGAGGCUGAGGAUGAGGUUGCAAAUAAGAUCUUGCUAGAAUCUGCGCAAGAACUUGCUUCAAGUGUUAAAGCUGUUGUAGGGAGACUUGGAUUGUGUGGUCAAGAUGGAAAGGAUGCUUUUCCCCUUGUGAUGGUCGGUGGUGUUCUUGAAGCAAAUACAAAGUGGGAUGUCGGGAAAGAAGUAAUAAAAUGCAUUUCCAAAUUUUUUCCUAGGGUGCUUCCGGUUAGACCUAAGGUGGAGCCUGCUGUUGGAGCAGCAUGGUUAGCUUGGAAUUUUUUCAUGAAAGAAUAUCAAAAGGAAUUAUGCGGCCACUGACAAUUGGAGUGGAAUAAGAGAGAACAAUUUUUUUUUAUUUUUUUUUUUAAAGGAAGUGACAAUUCCAAUUCUUGGCUGUAAAGUAAAAUGUAUAUGCCAUAUAGUUGCUAUGCUCGUGUAAAUAAUUACCAAUGGUGUAAUCAUAAGAGUGUUGUGACUAUAUUGUCACAUAAAACUAUUAAUAUUUUUAGAGUUCUUUUUUAUAAUUACAUUUAAUGGAUUAUCUUUCAACUA